AAAGACUGCUACCGAUCACGCUUUGAAGGCCAUAAAUCGAAGAUACUGAGUAAGAAACAGUUCGUGUAUAUUUGGUACUUUGCAGCAGAUCAUGGAUUUAAAAGCUGUAUUUUCACUGUUUCUAUUAUGCCUGGGUUCGUUAACGACAGCGGCUCAAGUUGAAAGUCGUGCUAGUGCCCCGAACUGGCUCUCGAUCGUUCCAAACCAUUGGAUGUGUGCCGGACACAAUGCACCCGUGUUCUUCCCUCACGAUACAGAUUGCUUCCGGUACUAUGAGUGUGUCUGCGAGGAUGCGUACGAGUACGUGUGCGCGAAAGGAUUGCGCUUUAACUCGCAAACCUUGCACUGCGAUCAAGCGGAACAGGUGGCUUGCCAGGCCGAGGAUGGCGAUGCAUCGAUUGCACAUCCGUCAGUAAAUACGGACGCUUCGGUUGAGCAACCGGCAAUUGAUCCACGCUGCCCAUCGUUGGAAGCGACCAAAUAUUGGUCCGACGAAAGCAACUGCUCGAAGUACUAUCAGUGUGUCGGUGGGGAGGUUGUUGAGCUUAACUGUCCCGUAACGUUGGUGUGGGAUAAUGCAGCGAAGAAAUGCAAUGCACCCAACCCGAACAAAUGUUGUGCGCCCGUCCCAUCGGCACCGACUUUGGAGGAAGAAUCGAUGAGCCUGUGGAAUCGGAUCCAAUCUUGGAUGGGUUAGGGAUGGAUUAACUGUGAAAC